CUUCGUUAAGCUGGCCGCGACAAAACAUAAUUAUGUUAUAUCUCUUGGUUUUUCUGCUUUUCGUUCAUCAUUCCCAUGAAAGGUUUGUAAUCACAAAUACCAACAGUGGUCAAAUUCAAGGAUACCGUACUACCUUGCCCUCUGGUGGACAACUGGACAUCUACUUGGGGAUUCCAUUUGCUGAGGCUCCAGUGGGGGACCUGCGAUUUGCUCCACCCAAGGAGAAAGUAAGCUGGAAACCACAGAUACUGAAUGCCACGAAAUAUGGUCCCGCAUGUCCACAACCUUUGCAUUUUCUUCAACAAUAUAGUUUCGGGAAGAACUUCUCCAAUAUAGAUGAGGAUUGUCUCUACCUUAAUGUAUAUGCGCCAAAGACCCCCAGUAAUGUGGACCAGUUGUUUCCGGUUAUGGUGUGGAUUCACGGAGGUUCAUAUCGAUAUGGAUCGGGCUCGGAAUACGAUGGAAGGAUAUUAGCAUCCCGGGGAGGUGUCAUUGUAGUCACAGUCAAUUAUAGACUCGGCGCAUUAGGAUUCCUAUCUACUGAUGAUUCGGUUACCAGUGGUAAUCAGGGGUUACUAGACCAAGUGUUGGCUCUAAAAUGGGUGAACCGGAAUAUACGUCAUUUUGGCGGGAAUCCUGAUCAAGUGACCCUGUUUGGUCAAAGUGCAGGAGGAGCCGCCGUAUCACUUCAUAUGUUUUCUCCUCUCUCACACGGUCUAUUUCAGGCAGUUAUUCCACAGAGUGGGUGUGCUCUCAGUCCGUUUUCCAUCUACAGACCGCCACAUUCUCUACGAGUGACAACAAGAAAUCUGGCCUUGAUGUUACAAUGUCCAGUAAACUCAUCACAAGUAAUGGUUGAUUGCUUGAGACAAAAAUCUGCAGAGGAUGUUGUUAACACAUACCCUAAGCAUCCACAGAUGAUAGCCGCGUUCGCACCAAGAGUGGAUGGGUAUUUUAUUCAUGACGUCCCAGAAAAUCUUCUGAGGAAAGGAGACUUUAACCAAAACAUCCAAGUAAUGACAGGAUUUGUUCCGAAUGAAUCGGCAGAUGAAAUACCAGAUUCAUUCAAUUCAGACGGAGGAUAUGACGUCACGUAUUACAGUUCCCUUUUAGAUGAUUGGAGUAGCCGGUUUUUUCACAGCUAUGAUGUGAAAUCUGCAGUCACGUGUUACUAUUCACCAUCUGACAAAAAUGACCUUGCAAACGUGCAAACUUAUAUGCAACUGAAGUCUGACUAUGGGUACAUCAUACCACACAUACAAUUAGCCUCCAGUCUAAAUCUUAAAGGAACAAAGACCUGGCUAUAUGAUUUUAAUUACCGGUCCAGUAAUUAUCCCGAGCCUAGUUGGAUGGGUAUCAUUCAUGCAUCGGAACUCUACUACUUGUUCGGAACACCUUUGUUUUCAUCACUGUCAUGUCCCGGAGACCCCAGUAUCACAUGUCCUCAAAUCUGGACAUCUUACCAAACCUGGAAUCAACUGGAUACAGACAUCAGCAAGGCAAUGAUUGACUUGUGGAGUAACUUUGCAAAGAUGGGCACAAAGAACGUGUCUUCAAUAAGGUUAUCAUCCGGCGGGGAUUGGGAUACCUAUUAUCCACUGAAACAAUACUUGGUGAUUGGUGAUUCUCUUCAAGUGCGGAAUGACCCUAGACAAAAAGAAUUACGUCUUUGGGAUAUUUUUCACUAUCAAAGCUAUUAUGCAAACCCUAGAAGUGACUGUUCUCAUUGACAUGCUUAAGCAUAUUA